AUGCCGUUCGGUGAGGUGACGAUCACCCUAGACGACGUUGCGACACUCACCGGAUUAGCGAUCGACGGUGAUGCCGUCAUAGACUGGCGGCGUCACCGGAUUACUUGGCUCAGGGAGACUUUCGAUGAGCUACCGCUUUCUGCAUCACCAGAGACGACAGCGCAGUAUGCUAGAGCGUAUGCGCUGUCUCUGAUGGGAGGUGUCUUGUUCUCCGAUCGGUCUGGAGGUUCAGUUCACCUGCAGUAUCUACUUUUGGUAGAGGAUUGGCGCAGAGCGGGGAGGUUUGCUUGGGGAGCAGCUGUGCUAUCCUACUUGUACCGUGAGAUGGGUAGAUCGGCGCUGCAGAUGACGGCAUUUUCUUCACUGGGUGGUGACUUUGGUGGAUGGUCCGCCUUGCUGAUGAUCUAG